AUGUUUCCAACAUUUCCGCACAAUGAUACGUUUGUUGAUAAUUGUACGCUACAGGUUAAUGCUACACCUGUUGACAGUAACGCAGAUGUAUAUACAUUUAUACAUCACAAACAAGAAUAUGGAAUUAUGAAUCUUCAAGAUGCAACAAUCUCCACUACCAUAUCGUUGAAAGAUCGGCACAACGCUGAUUUGGGUAACGACCAAAAUGUUUCGCUGAAUAUACUACCGUUAUGCAUGUUUUGGAAAACAAAGGAAAUUUUAAUAAACGACCAACAUAUCAACAGUGUGACGUCCCAAGAAAAUGAAUUGGUCUAUAUUAGCCAUUUACUUCAAGAAGUACCUACGGGGUAUAAACCUGGGCAAGAUAUCAAUUUAUGUAUCCAUUCUACCCCGACUCAUUUUGAUACUCGUACAAAUGUUCACGAUGGCGCAGUGGGUAAUGUUAAUAAGGGAGCGAGAAAUCGUUAUCUGGCGUGUAAUCGGGCUACCCGACUUGAAUGUUACGAUUUAAUUGAUAUCAUGGGUGACAAUAAACGUUUUGUACCCACAUCAUUUGAAAUCAAGGUAAUUUUACGGCGUUUAGAGAAAACUAAAUGUUUGUUUGGGGCUGAUGCUCAAUGUGAGGUGGCAUUUUAUUCAUUAUGAUAAUUUACAAAUCAGAAUUCCGGCCAUGAAACCAAAGUUGUAAUUAACCCAAGCAAUCAAUCAAGCAAUGAUUCAGAAUGGUGAAGAAUGCAAAUACUAUAUCACAUCGUAUCGUUAUGUUCCCACACCGGUGGCUGUGGGUACAAGCCGCAUAAUAUUAAAUGAUAUUUUUACAGGUUCCAGACCAUUGCGUGAUAUAACUUAUUUAAGAACGCAAACACGUUACAAUGGUUCACAUAUCCUUGAUCCAAAUUUAAUUCCUUUCCCCAAUUUGGAAUUUUUUGGCAUCAAAAUUAAUGAUGCCUAUGUGAAUCCGUGUGUAGAAAAUUCAUGUGAAGCAUAUACAAAUUUGCGACGCGUUUUAAAUCGUCGUUAUAACGAAAUGUCAUUUUCACAUGCAGAUUACCAAUUUGGAAUUUUUUGGCAUCAAAAUUAAUGAUGCCUAUGUGAAUCCGUGUGUAGAAAAUUCAUGUGAAGCAUAUACAAAUUUGCGACGCGUUUUAAAUCGUCGUUAUAACGAAAUGUCAUUUUCACAUGCAGAUUACCAAUUUGGAAUUUUUUGGCAUCAAAAUUAAUGAUGCCUAUGUGAAUCCGUGUGUAGAAAAUUCAUGUGAAGCAUAUACAAAUUUGCGACGCGUUUUAAAUCGUCGUUAUAACGAAAUGUCAUUUUCACAUGCAGAUUACCAAUUUGGAAUUUUUUGGCAUCAAAAUUAAUGAUGCCUAUGUGAAUCCGUGUGUAGAAAAUUCAUGUGAAGCAUAUACAAAUUUGCGACGCGUUUUAAAUCGUCGUUAUAACGAAAUGUCAUUUUCACAUGCAGAUUACCAAUUUGGAAUUUUUUGGCAUCAAAAUUAAUGAUGCCUAUGUGAAUCCGUGUGUAGAAAAUUCAUGUGAAGCAUAUACAAAUUUGCGACGCGUUUUAAAUCGUCGUUAUGACGAAAUGUCAUUUUCGCAUGCAGAUUAUCAAACCAGUUAUGGUAUUAUUGUAACUGAUUUAUCGCCAAAUAAAGACAGUUACAAUCAAGUGUUACCCAAUUCAACCAGCGGUGUGGUGAGCUUAGAAAUGCGUUUAUCUCAGAAUUAUAUAUUGGUGAAUUUACAAAUCAACUUUCAGAUGGUUAUCAGACGCAGGCGAGGUUAA